AUGGAUAAAAUUGAGAUAAAAUCCGAAGAGUUAGUAGAACAUAACAUUGAAAUAAAAACUGAACAAUCAGUAGAAAAUAACUUGAUCAAUGAAAAAUUAGAAUCUGAAAUUCGGGAAAUUAUUAACACUUUAAAAGAAGAUCUAGAGAAUGAAAGUAAAUUGAAUGAAAUCUAUGUGUUUGGUUUCCAGGAUUCUUCCAGAAAUUAUGGUAAAUUUCUUCAAGCCUUGGUUCCUCCACACUUAACCACAUUAUGUUAUGCACCACUACCUGGCUUAUGCACAUACCCUAAAUCUAAGUCUAUAUUCGACAUACUCUUUCCUAGUGAACCAAGUCCUUAUGUCAAAAUAGUUUUCAGCAGUAAAUCUGAAUCACUUGAUUAUUCUCACAUUUCAACCAAGUUUUUUGAGUCGCGAAUGUUCCAAGCCAUUAUUAAAUACAAAUGGUACACAUUUGCUCAAGUCCCAAUGGUAUAUGUCGCAAAGAAUCCACCUAAUCAACCUUCUGCGGCUUCUGAUCAAUCUAAUCAAACAUCUGCUACACCUAAUGCUAAUCAAUCUUUUGCGACAUUUGAUCAAGCAAUUAAAAAUGUUUGGUCUUGGAUUUUGGGUGACUACGCUUCUAUUCAACCAUGGGAAAAAAUGGAAAGGUUUAAACAAGAAGAGUUGAAACGGAAGUUGAAGCAAGAAAAGAUUAAAAAGUUUGAAAAUGAGCAAGUUGAAGCAAGAAAAGGUAAAAAGUUUAAAAAUGAGCAAGACAAGUUGACGCAAAAGUUGAAACCAGAGA